CAGAAGCAAAACAUGAUCCCAAAUGCUCCAGGCAUGCCACAGGCUCCCAUGAAUCAAGGGCCCAGCAUGGGACAGCCGCAGCCAGGGAUGUCUGCAAAUGGUCCUCUUCCCGACCCAACCCUGAUACGUGCCAACGUGCCGAACCAGAUGAUGAAUCGCAUGCAGGCACAGCCAGGAAUGAAUCAGUUUGGCCAGAUGAACAUGCAGCUGUCAUCGAUGGGACCCCGGCAAACCCCUCCUCUUCAGCACCCUGGACAGCUAAGCCAGGCUGGGGCCAUGAACCAGAUGGGAUUUCCUUCACGUAUGCAGCAACCAGGAGUUGGCCAGCCUUCUGGUCAGAAUCAGUUUCUGCAACAGACCCAGUUCCCUGCUUCUUCCCCAGGAAUGAACACAGCAAGCAUGCCUAUGACUCAGCCUGGCAAUCAGACACCGGUUUCUCAAGCACAAAUGACCAGCGCUUCCUGUCCUGUGAAUUCUCCUGCAAUGGCUCCAGGUUCUCAAGGGAGCCAUAUUCACUGCCCACCUCUUCCACAGCCUCCCAUGCACCGAAAUUCUCCUUCACCAGUACCUAGCCGAACCCCAACACCUCACCACACGCCCCCAAGCUUGGGAUCACAGCAACAGCAGGCAGCGGCAGCUGCCACUACUGACCCCACACCUACUGCUCAGGCAAUGCCACCUGGACCACAGUCACAAACUAUGCACCCCCCCCAAAGGCAGACUCCAACACCUCCACAGGCACAGCUGCCUCCACAAGUCCAGCCUCCAGUUCCGGUUACCCCUACUGCAGAGCAACAGCAGCAACCCUUGUCACAGCAGAGCACGACAGCAUCUGUUCCGACACCAACAGCACCAUUGCAGCCUCAGCACCCCACAACACCUCUUUCACAGCCAGCUGUAACCAUUGACGGGCAGGUAUCCAACCCCCCAUCCACCAGCAGCACAGAGGUGAACUCUCAGCAGACUGUUCCAGAGCAGCAGCAGCCACCCUUGCAGGAAGUAAAAAUGGAUAUUAAAACUGAUGAAGGGGAACCAGAACAAACAGAGCUGCAAAUGGAGGAGAAAUCUGAGGUUAAAGUAGAACCAGUCGUGGAGGAAUGUAAACCAGACCCAAUGGAACAAGAAGAGAAGAAAUCUGAAGUGAAGACUGAAAUACGAGAGGGGGAAGAAAGACCUACUACUCCAGCUACUCAGUCUUCUCCAGCAGCUGGGCAGUCUAAGAAAAAGAUUUUCAAGCCAGAAGAGUUGCGGCAGGCCCUUAUGCCAACACUGGAGGCACUUUACCGUCAGGAUCCAGAGUCUCUUCCAUUUCGACAGCCUGUAGAUCCCCAACUCCUAGGAAUUCCUGAUUAUUUUGACAUAGUGAAGAACCCCAUGGACCUUUCUACUAUCAAGAGGAAGCUUGACACAGGACAGUAUCAGGAACCAUGGCAAUACGUGGAUGACAUCUGGCUCAUGUUCAAUAAUGCCUGGCUCUAUAACCGCAAAACAUCCCGGGUAUAUAAGUACUGUUCCAAACUGGCAGAGGUGUUUGAGCAAGAAAUUGACCCAGUUAUGCAGAGCCUUGGUUACUGCUGUGGAAGAAAGUUGGAGUUCUCGCCGCAGACUUUGUGUUGCUAUGGCAAACAGCUAUGCACAAUCCCUAGAGAUGCCACUUACUACAGUUACCAGAACAGGUAUCAUUUCUGUGAGAAGUGCUUCAACGAAAUCCAAGGGGAGAGCGUUUCUCUGGGAGAUGACCCCUCACAACCUCAAACCACAAUAAACAAAGAACAGUUUUCGAAAAGGAAAAAUGAUACACUGGACCCUGAACUGUUUGUUGAAUGUAUAGAGUGUGGAAGAAAAAUGCACCAGAUCUGUGUUCUUCAUAAUGAGAUAAUCUGGCCUUCAGGCUUUGUCUGUGAUGGCUGCCUAAAGAAAACAGGACGAACCAGAAAAGAGAACAAAUUCUCUGCUAAAAGGUUACCGGCUACAAGACUUGGUACCUUCUUGGAGAACAGAGUCAAUGAUUUCCUAAGACGGCAGAAUCACCCUGAGGCAGGAGAGGUUACAGUUAGGGUGGUACAUGCAUCUGACAAAACUGUUGAAGUAAAACCAGGAAUGAAAGCAAGAUUUGUAGACAGUGGAGAGAUGGCAGAGUCUUUCCCUUAUCGAACAAAAGCACUUUUUGCCUUUGAGGAGAUUGAUGGUGUAGACUUGUGCUUCUUUGGGAUGCAUGUGCAGGAGUAUGGCUCAGACUGUCCGCCACCCAAUCAAAGGCGAGUGUAUAUAUCUUACCUUGACAGUGUUCAUUUCUUCCGCCCUAAAUGCUUGAGGACUGCUGUCUAUCAUGAAAUACUAAUUGGAUAUCUAGAAUAUGUCAAGAAACUAGGGUAUACUACUGGACAUAUCUGGGCGUGCCCACCUAGUGAAGGAGAUGAUUACAUCUUCCAUUGCCAUCCUCCUGACCAAAAGAUACCCAAACCCAAACGACUGCAAGAGUGGUACAAAAAGAUGCUGGACAAAUCUGUGUCGGAGCGCAUUGUUCAUGAUUACAAGGAUAUAUUUAAGCAGGCAACAGAAGAUCGUCUGACAAGUGCAAAAGAGCUACCUUACUUUGAAGGGGAUUUCUGGCCUAAUGUUCUAGAGGAGAGCAUUAAGGAACUAGAGCAAGAGGAAGAGGAACGUAAGAGAGAAGAGAACACUAGUAAUGAAAGCACAGAUGUGAGCAAGGGAGACAGCAAAAAUGCCAAAAAGAAGAACAAUAAAAAGACAAGUAAGAACAAGAGCAGCUUGAGUCGUGGCAAUAAGAAAAAGCCUGGCAUGCCCAACGUGUCCAAUGACCUCUCACAAAAGCUGUAUGCCACUAUGGAGAAGCACAAGGAGGUCUUCUUUGUCAUCCGUCUCAUUGCUGGCCCUGCAGCCAACUCCCUGCCCCCCAUUGUUGAGCCUGACCCACUCAUUCCGUGUGACCUGAUGGAUGGGCGUGAUGCUUUCCUAACCCUUGCUAGAGACAAGCACCUGGAGUUCUCCUCACUACGAAGAGCUCAGUGGUCAACCAUGUGCAUGCUGGUGGAACUGCAUACCCAGAGCCAAGACCGCUUUGUUUACACCUGCAAUGAGUGCAAGCAUCAUGUGGAGACCAGAUGGCACUGUACUGUUUGUGAGGAUUAUGACCUGUGCAUCACCUGCUAUAACACUAAAAACCAUGACCACAAGAUGGAAAAAUUAGGCCUUGGUCUAGAUGAUGAGAGCAACAACCAGCAGACUGCAACCACCCAGAGCCCUGGUGAUUCCCGACGUCUGAGCAUUCAGCGCUGUAUCCAGUCUCUGGUCCAUGCCUGCCAGUGUCGUAAUGCCAACUGCUCACUGCCGUCCUGUCAGAAGAUGAAACGGGUUGUCCAGCACACCAAAGGCUGCAAACGCAAAACCAAUGGAGGGUGUCCUAUCUGCAAGCAACUUAUUGCUCUCUGCUGCUACCAUGCCAAGCACUGCCAGGAGAACAAGUGCCCAGUGCCCUUCUGCCUCAACAUUAAACACAAGCUCCGUCAACAACAACUUCAGCACCGCCUGCAACAGGCACAGAUGCUCCGAAGGAGGAUGGCGAGUAUGCAGCGGACCGGUGUGGUAGGCCAGCAGCAAGGAUUACCCUCACCCACGCCAGCCACCCCGACAACUCCAACAGGCCAGCAGCCCCCAACACCGCAAACCCCACAGCCCCAGCCUCCGCCCCAGCCUGCGUCGCAGCCUCAGCCUGCACCUCCCAACAGUAUGCCACCCUACACCAUGCCUAGAACUCAGCCCCCCAGCGCUGUGUCCCAGGGCAAGGCAGGUGGACAGGUGACUCCUCCAACUCCACCCCAGCCACCUCAACCACCAGUUCAGGGUCCUCCUCCAGCAGCAGUGGAAAUGGCCAUGCAGAUCCAGCGGGCAGCGGAGACCCAGCGUCAGAUGGCACAAGUUCAGAUCUUCCAAAGGCCGAUUCAACACCAGAUGCCUCAGAUGCCGCCUGAACCCCAGCAGCAGCCGCCGUGGGUGCAGGGGGGCUUACCCCAAGCUCAGCUGCAGCCAGGAAUGCAGAGGCCAUCCAUGAUGUCAGUACCCCAGCCGGGCCAGCCAAUGAAUAUGGCACCUCAGCCUGGGAUGGGUCAGGUACCUGGUGCUGCUCAGCCCAAACAACCACCUCUGCCUCAGGCGGCCUUACAAAACCUACUGCGGACUCUCAGGUCUCCCAGCUCACCCAUGCAGCAGCAGCAGGUGCUUAACAUCCUUCACUCCAAUCCUCAGUUGCUUGCUGCUUUCAUCAAGCAGCGGGCUGCCAAGUAUGCGGGGUCCCAGAACCCCCAGGGAAUGGCAGUCAUUCCCCAGGGUCAGCCGGGGCUCCAGCCGCAGCAGGCCAUGCAAGGGCAGCAAGGAGGAGUGCACCCCAACCCAGCCAUGCAGAACAUGAACCCCAUGCAAGCAGGAGUGCAGAGGCCCAGCAUGCCCCAGCAGCAGCCACAGCAGCAGCCGCAGCAGGCCAUGGCUGGUAUGAAUCCUCAGGCGCAGCAGAUGAAUAUGAAUCACUCGGGGAUGGCUCCCCAGUUCAGAGAUCUCCUGAUGAGACGGCACCAGAUGAUUGAGCAGCAGCGUCACCAGCAGCAACAACAGCAGGGAGCAGGACCGGCACUGGGGCCGGGGAUGACCAACCACAACCAGUUUCAGCAGCCCCAGGGCGUCGGGUAUCCCCAACAGCAGCAGCAGCAGCAACAACAGCGAAUGCAGCAUCACAUGCAGCAGAUGCAGCAAGGAAACAUGGGACAAAUAAGCCAGCUUCCGCAGGCAAUGAGUGCAGAGACAGGAGCCAGUUUGCAGCAGGCUUUCCAGCAGAGGCUACUUCAGCAGCAGAUGGGGUCUCCAGCUCAGCCCAAUCCUAUGAGCCCCCAACAGCACAUGCUUCCCAAUCAGGCCCAGUCCCCACACCUACCGGGCCAACAGCUCCCUUCAUCGCUCACCAAUCAAGUGCGUUCUCCGCAGCCUGUACCCUCACCACGGCCGCAGUCCCAGCCCCCCCAUUCCAGCCCGUCCCCUCGGAUGCAACCUCAGCCUUCGCCACACCAUGUCUCCCCGCAGACCAGCUCCCCACAUCCAGGACUGGUAGCUGCCCAGGCUAACCCCAUGGAUCAAGGGCACUUUGCCAGCCCGGACCAGAGUGCAAUGCUUUCCCAGCUUGCUAGCAAUCCUGGCAUGGCAGGCCUCCAUGGUACAAGCGCCACGGAACUGGGGCUCAGCUCCGACAACUCAGACUUGAAUUCAAACCUUUCACAGAGUACACUAGACAUACACUAGACACAUUGUAGCAUUUUGGGAGCAAAAAAAAAAAAAAAUAAUAAAAAAAAGAAAAAACUUAUUUUCUCAAGACUUUUUGUACUGAAGACAAAUUUUUUUGAAUCUUUCUUAGCUAAAACAACAUUUUUCCCUGGAACACAUCUGAACUCUGCAGCAGUAGUUUGUGGUUUUAAAAACAAACCAACAAUGAACCUGAGGGACAGUAGAGUACAAAGAAUAUAUUUUUGUUAUGGCUGGAAUCAUAACCAGUCCUUUUUCUUGGUUUUUUUUUUCCUCGUGUGCGUUGGGGAGGUCAAGGGGAAUAGGGUGGUCUUUUGGCUGUUCACCAAAGGAUGCCCUACUUGUGCCUCCAAUAGGUUUUUUUUUUUUUUUAAAUUAAUGAAAAUAUGUAAUAUUGAUAGUUAUUAUUUACUGAGGCAGAUGGUAAA